GUUAAAUAUCUUCUUGGCAAUCCCAUAGUGGGAAGGAUGACGUGGACUCACUUUUGGUUGUGUUUCCUGGCACUGUCAGUUACCAACAUCGCCAAUGUCGAAGCAAGACAGGCUCUCAACCAUGUCAACAGCAUCUGCAGCACCUGGGGCCGGCACCACUUCAAGACGUUUGACGGGGACGUGUACCAGUUCCCCGGCUUGUGUGAAUACAACCUGGUGUCCAACUGCCACGAGAUGUACAGAGAAUUCUCAGUGCACAUCCAGAAGAGCCUGGUAGACGGCCACCCCACGGUCAACGAGCUGGUUGUCACCAUCAACGACCUUGUGUUCCAUCUGACUAAGAGGGCUGUCUCAUUGAACGAUGAUCUUAUCAACUUGCCGUACUUAAAUGCGGGGAUUCAACUCGAACGGAAUGCGGUUUACACCAAGCUCCAGGCCAAGGUCGGCCUGGUUGUAAUGUGGAAUGGUGAUGAUGCUGUGAUGGUGGAGCUGGAUUCUGAUUAUCAUAACCGCACUUGUGGCCUUUGUGGGGAUUUCAAUGGCGUUCCAGUCUACAAUGAAUUCAUUCACCACGAUCGCAAAAUCAACCCCAUUGAGUUUGGCAAUGGACAGAGAGUCCUUCGACCAAACGAUGAGUGUGAGGACCCCUACGAGGAGGAAGAGCAGGAGCUGGACGCCCAGGACCUAGAAUACCGGCAACUAGAAGACCAGGCGGUUGAGGUCCCCUGCAAGGAAUUUCGCCCAAUAUGCGAAAAGGUGAUCCACUCUGAAGCCUGGAGCUCUUGUGCAUCGCUGGUGGAUCCGGCCCCAUACACCCAGGCCUGUGUGCAGGACAUGUGUGGAUGUGGCAAUAGCACCAAUGACUUCUGCGUCUGCAGCACACUGGCAGAGUUCUCCCGCCAGUGUUCCCAUGCCGGGGGUCAGCCGCCCAGCUGGAGGACGCCCCAGUUCUGCGCUAAGAUGUGCCCCUUCAACAUGGUGUAUGAAGAGAGUGGCUCUCCAUGCAUGUCUAGCUGCACGGUCUCAGACAUCAGCUCGCUCUGUGAGGACCACAAAAUGGAUGGCUGCUUUUGUCCUGCGGGAACGGUGUGGGACAACAUUUCACAGAGAGGUUGUGUCAGCCAGACUGAAUGCCAGUGUAAACACGAUAAAAUCUACAACUCCGGGGAAGUUUACCGACAGGAUAGUGAAGAAUGUUUAUGCCACGAGGGAAGAUGGGACUGUAAGAGUCUUCCCAGUCCGGCUACUUGCGCAGUGGAAGAGGGUUCCCAUGUGACUACUUUUGAUGGGAAAGCCUACAUUUUCCAUGGGGAUUGCGACUACAUACUGGCCGAAAGCAAGAAUGAUACCAGCCCCAAGUUCACCAUCAUGGUACAGCUGGUCCCAUGUGUGAGCCAGGAGUUUGACACUUGUCUGAAGAGUGUGAAGGUCCUACUGAACAAUGACAAAAACAACAGGCUAGCGUUCACUGCAGAUGGCAAAGUGAGGCACAACAUGCAGAUCAUCAGCUUGCCAUACAACACAGGCGACAUCAACAUAUUCCGGGCAUCGUCGUUCCACAUCCUGCUCCAGACCAGGUUUGGGUUACAGAUUCAGGUCCAGCACGUUCCGCUCCUGCAAGUCUAUGUGACCCUUGAACAGAGCUACAAAACAAAGACACGAGGUUUAUGUGGAAACUAUAACAUGGUGCUGUCCGAUGAUAUGAAGACGCGUCAAGGGAUUGUGGAAGGCACUGCAUCCUCUUUUGGGAAUUCCUGGAAGUCUAGCACUACCUGCCCGGAUAGAGAUGAACGUCUGGAAAGCCCCUGUUCCGUCAGUGUGGAGAACGAGCGAUAUGCUGAACAUUGGUGCUCGAUGUUAACACGUCCAGACGGCCCAUUUACAAACUGUCAUGCAAUGGUCGAUCCAGAACUGUACCACAAGAGAUGUAUCUACGCCACAUGUAACUGUGAGAAAACCGAAGACUGCAUGUGUGCCGUUUUCUCCUCCUACGCACGAGCUUGUGCUUCGAAAGGAGUUUUCCUGAGCGAUUGGAGGGUGAACGUCUGUGAUAAAUACACAAGGGGCUGCCCGGAAAGCCAAAGCUUCUCCUACAAGCUGCAGCGCUGCCAGUGGACAUGCAGGCAGCUGAGCUCAGAGCAGCAGAGCUGCACCUCUGACUUCCUGCCUGUGGACGGCUGCUCCUGCCCUGAGGGGACGUAUCAGGAGGAACACGGUGCCUGUGUGCCCAUGAACAAAUGCCCCUGCUAUCACAAUGGAGUCCACAUAAAGCCAGGCAAAUCAAUAAGCAUCAAAGAGCAACACUGUUUGUGCUCCAAUGGCAAGCUUCACUGUCAUACUUGGAAGACAUCAUCACAAGCCUGUCCGACUCCAAAAGUCUACCUUAACUGUUCGAGCACAGACGUCCGAGAUGUGGGCGUGCAGUGUGCUCGGACAUGUAGAAACACAGAGAGUGAUAGUUGUUACUUAACAGAAUGUGAAUCCGGCUGUCAAUGCCCCAGUGGUCUCCUUGAUGAUGGCAAGGGCUCCUGUGUGAAGGAACAUGAAUGUCCAUGCGAACAUGAUCGCACCCUCUACGCUUCUGGCUCUGAAAUCAAAGAUCAGUGCAACACCUGUACAUGUCGAAAGGGGAAAUGGGAGUGUACGGAGAAGAAAUGCCCAGGGACUUGCAUCAUUUAUGGUAGUGGUCAUUACAGAACCUUUGAUCAGAGAACAUAUGGCUUUCAGGGGCAAUGCGCCUACGUGGCCAUCCAGAACACAUGUGGCAACAAAUCGGUAGAGGACAUUUUCCGGGUUAUUACAGAAAAUAUACCAUGUGGAACUACUGGCACCACCUGCUCCAAAUCUGUCAGGAUUCAGCUGGGGAAUAAAGAAAUUAAAUUAGCAAAGGGAAAAUACGAAAUAUUGGAUCUGGCGAUGGGCUCUGAGAUCAAGUACACAAUCAGACCUGUUGGGAUGUAUCUGGCUGUAGAAGCUUCACUCGGGAUCACAGUUCUAUGGGACCGCAAAACCACCAUCCGGAUCCUUCUGGAACCACAGCACAGUGCGGGGGUUUGCGGUCUUUGUGGAGACUUUAAUGGAGAUGUCCAGAAUGACUUCACUACCCAGAGUCAGAUGGUAGUGAGCAGCCCCCUUGAGUUUGCAAACAGCUGGAAGGCUUUAAGCUCUUGCCUGGAUGCCGAAGCAAGCGCUGAUUCUUGUGCGCUGCAGCCCCAUCGCCACAACUGGGCCCAGAUACAGUGUAGCAUUAUAAAGAGCGUCACCUUCCACGACUGUCACAAAAAGGUGAAUCCUACUCCGUUUUAUGAAAACUGUGUAAAAGACUCGUGCGCCUGCGACAGUGGAGGAGACUGCGAGUGCUUCUGCACAGCAGUUGCAGCCUACGCCCAGGCUUGUAAUGAAGUCAGUGUGUGCGUUGCCUGGAGAACCCCGGAAAUAUGCCCCGUAUUUUGUGACUACUACAAUGAAGGGGAAUUAUGUGAGUGGCACUACAAGCCUUGCCAUGAACCUUGUUACGAGACCUGCCGGAAUCCACACGGAUGCAACAAUUCAAUACCAAACCUGGAAGGCUGUUACCCUGUGUGCCCAGAAGAUAAGCCCAUAUUUGAUGAAGAUAAAGGAAUAUGUGUCGAGAGCUGUGAUGGAUGCAUUUACAAUGGAACAUAUUACAAUGACAAUGAUGUCAUUUACAAUGUGACGGACAAUUUAGGAAUGUGCUAUUAUGCUAUUUGCAAAAAUGGAAAAGUGAUAGAGACAAAUGAUCCCUGUCCAACUCCCGAACCAAUAAUAUCCACAACAACAACAGCAUUCAUUACCUCAACUACAACACCAACAUCAUCACCAGCAACCACACCUAGACCAACUACACCCUUAGUCACAACAUCAACUAAUACACCUCAAACAACUACGACAAGUAGUUCCACGACUGAACCAACCACUACUCCAACAACUACAUCUACAACAACUGCACCACCAAGUACACCUGUUGUAACACCCACCCCUGUUGUCACAACAACAACGACUCCCACACAAGAAACAACCUCAGUUACGACAACUCCAUCCACCACAACUGAAGGAACAACCGGAAUCCCCUCAACGACCCCCUGCGAGGAAAAGUGUGAAUGGACACAAUGGUUUGAUGUGGACAGCAGUACGGACGGCAGUGACUGGGAAACGUACGAGAACAUUACAAACAGUGGAGAGAAGAUAUGUCAAAAACCAAGGAACAUUACAUGCAGAUCGACAAAGGCUCCUGAUAAAAGCUUUGAUGACUUUGUCAAGGAAACGGGACAAGUUGUCUCUUGUGAUAUCGACUAUGGUUUGAUAUGCAAAAAGAAGGAUCAGGAUAGCCGACCUUACAAGUGCUUUAACUACCAGAUCAAGGUGGAUUGUUGUGUGCCAUGCACAUCACCUACUACACCUCAAUCGACAAGAAGUACCACGACUGAACCAACCACUACUCCAACAACUACAUCUACAGCAACUGCUCCACCAAGUACACCUGUUGUAACACCAACCACUGUUUUCACGACGUCAACUACUACACCUAAAACAACUACGACAAGUAGUUCCACGACUGAACCAACCACUACUCCAACAACUACAUCUACAACAACUGCUCCACCAAGAACAACCGGAAUCCCCUCAACGACCCCCUGCGAGGAAAAGUGUGAAUGGACAAAAUGGUUUGAUGUGGACAGCAGUACGGACGGCAGUGACUGGGAAACUAACAACUACAGAGACAACAAGUCCACCUGUUUCAACAACUACUCCACCUACUCCAACGGUCAUCUCAACGACUACAUCCACUACAACACCCACUGUACCACCCAGUUCAACUGUUGCAACAUCAACCCCCGUUAUCACUUCACCUACUACACCUCUAACUACAAGAGUCUAUUCGAAGCAUGCCAUGCCAUUGUCUCACCGGACAAAUUCUACCAGGGUUGCGUCUUCGAUAGCUGCCAUGUCGCCAACCCAGUGGUGCAGUGCACCAGCUUGCAGGUGUACGCUGCCGCCUGUGCACAGGCCGGGGUCUGCCUGUACUGGAGGAAUCACACCUCUCUGUGUCGAUGUUUGGAUUCAGAGGGCGUUCCCCGCGAGGUCGGUUCCCAAGUCCCAGUCGUCAAGUGUCAGAACUGCACUUGUUCCGGGCAGGUGAUAAAAGCUUCAGGUCUGCGAGAGAUAACCUGUGAGAUGCUGGCAUGUGACCAGAACUGUGGUCUGGGAUACAAGUACGUUUCAGACAAGAGCCUUGAGGAGUGUUGUGGGAGGUGCCUGCAGACCCACUGUGUUGUCCACAGAAACAUAACACAGGAGCUGCUUAAGGAAGGAGAAAAGUGGUCCCCACCGGGGAACAUGUGUGAGUCUUAUACUUGUGUGAAGAUUGGAGAGACGCUCACAACAAUCAUGUCCAACACGGUGUGUCCGCACUUCCAGCAGAGCAACUGUUACCCUAUGGACAAGGGGUGUAAGCGAGGCUCUAUGAGACAGCGGAUCACGCACAACGGGUGCCAGGCCCGGGAGGACGUUGACAUGCCCUAUUGUGAGGGGUCCUGCAACACCUUCGCCAGGUACGAGGAAAAGGCCGCCGGUUUGGAGCACACGUGCGCGUGCUGCCGGGAGUCGCGCUUCAGCAACCGCACGGUGGAGCUGGAGUGUCUGAACGGAGACCUGGUGCCGUACACCUACGUCCACGUGGAGGAGUGCAGCUGCGGAAAGACCGACUGCGACCGGGCGGCCCGGCUGCCAGCUCGCAAGAGACGGGCCAACAUAGGAGUUUAA